CGCAGGUACCUUAUCUACCAGUCGGUCAAAUAAGCCAUCUAAUAAUUCCUUUCCAAAACGCUUACACUGUUUUGAAUUUGAACUUGUUURAUGUUUUUUUUUCUUCUCAAUUUAGCGCUGUGAUGAUAAGGAUGAAUGAGCACACUGGACUCAUUGACCACACACUUGCAUGCAUGUUUAUGAGCAAUACAUUUCCCACAAAUCCCUACGGCAAACAGUGAAUCGUGAUGACGCAGAACACAACACGAGGAGAAACCGGCUGAACUCGCGAACGAAUAAAAAAGAAAUCCUAGACAUGCAAACAAUUAUACAAUGCAAGUUUUACUUCCGAACUGGCUAUUUGUUUCAGUUACAUUGCUUGUGAAGAUUAUUGAAUUGUUAGAACCCGUGCUAGCAAACGCAUAAUCUUGAUAGUGGCAUUUCGGUAUCUGCUCUGUGCACUCAUCUGUUCUCGGUUUUGGAAUGGGAUUGCAGACUGACGUUUUGAACAGCACAGUGACUCAAACGAACAAAUCCAGAUCCUCCCUCUCUGAAUGACUCAGGCAGCUAUGUAUGUGUUUGGGCCCCAUGGUUGACUGCCAGGUUUGGGCCCCAUGGUUGGCUGCUAGGUUUGUAUAGUGUUCUACUCCUCCAAACCCAGCCCUAUAUCCCCCWGUCCUAACCCCUUAGCCCUGUGUCAUUAUUUUGACUAGCCCGAGCUCCACACACUACUAGCCCCAAACGCUUAACCCUUUGCCUCCAGAUCCCUCUCCUUUCUUUCCUAACACCAGCCAUCUCCAGACCCAGUACCAGCCCCAAGCCCCUCUCCCAACCCUGUUCUUCCAGUCCCACCCUCUAUCCCCCAGACCCCUACCCCUCUCCCCUGGCCCAGCCCCACAUCCAGCCCCAGUACCAUGCUGGGGAGGAACAUGUCCCAGAAGCUGAGCGUGCUGCUGAUCAUCAUGGGGCUGGCGUGGGGGUUCAUGUUUCUGCUCUACACCGGGCAACAGCCACACCACCAGAGCAGUGGCGAGCUGCAUCAACAGAUCCUGGAGCUGAGCCGGCGCUAUGUCAAGGUGCUCACCGAGGAGAACCAGAACGCACCGGGAGGACCGCAGGGCACCUCCAUGGCUGGUUACGCUGAUCUGAAGAGGACCAUAGCGGUGUUGUUGGACGACAUCCUGACGCGCCUGGUCAAGCUGGAGGGGAAGAUUGAGCUGGUGGCCAACACUUCAGUGACUAACUCCUCCCAUCUUGCAGUGGGUGCCCUGGCCUCAGCUCCWGUUGCCUUACAUAAAGCCACCAAGCAGGACACGCCAGGCAACCACCGCCUGGAAACCGCUCGCAUCCCUCCACACACACCCAACAGACCUCGGCCAGGGGUAUAGUAGGUUGGGUAGCGAUUGAGGCCCUGUUCAAAUACUUUACAAGUGCAUCCUUUCUUCCUAAGAUGGUCACUGAUCUAAUAAGGUUGGUAGGGUGGUAACUCUCAUUUCACUUGUCUAUUAAUUUACAGAUCAGUGAUUAUCUCAAGGGAGCAAGGAAAGAUAUAGAUAUAUAUAUUCCAAAUCAUUUAAACCUAACCCUGAGAAAGGACUGACUGCCUGUUCAUUUCCAAUAACUAUAUGGCUGAUUUCAAUUCUUUUUACGAAGACAUUUUAGCACCUUUUUUAAUAGUUUUAGUCAUGGACUCUCUUAGGCUUGAAUUUUAGCUUCCCUUUUUUAAUGGUUUCAUCAUGGAUGGGUCUACAAACUGCCGAUGUCUUUGACGAUGUCUGUGGGCAACAACAUAGCAUCAACAAUAGUAGAGGAAAUAGACAAACGUAUAUACUCUGUAGUGUCUUCAAGGAAGCUGAUGAUGCUGAAUGUGAAUGACACUCCCACCCGGAUAUGACUUAACUCGGACAUACUGCCUGCGAAUUUGCAAUACUGCUUCUAAUCCCAUCCAUAUCAGAAUGCUGAACUAAAAAAUGUUCUCAUGGUAGUUUGGGAAAUAUUUUGUAGUUUGCAGCAGUUCCUGGUGUGUGUGUGAGAAAUCAAAUAAAACAGUUAAAUAAUAAUAAUUUAGCCGUUGUACCGUAGACUUUAAAAGGAUAAAGUGAUGAUCCAAAGAAUGUUAUUUGCACUCUCCUUGAAAGCUUGAUUUUAGAGUAUGUGUAUAACAUGUCGAAUGUAACUCAAUAAGCGGAUAAUGACCAAGUGAUUGCUAUUGCCCAAUUCCAACUCUCCUCUUUGUCACUACCCAGACUGUUAAUCUUUGUCGAUUUCCCUUUGCAGAUCUGAAUGGUUAGGACCAGGGGGUUUUCUGACCUGACCAGUAAACUCCUAUCCCAAUCAAUGUACAACAUGCUUUUGUCUCAAUGUAGCCCUCUGAGGGAGUUGCUUGCCUAUUGCUUACACAUAUCAGUUCCUUUAGUCUGAGAUCACAUUACACAGUGACUGUUUGGGGAAGCCCUAAAAGAUAGUGGGCUAGCCCAAUCUUUGUUUUUUACUUAUGGGAGUGCCUUUCUAUGGCACACGCUUACUUACCCCUUUAAYACAAAAACAUGGGCUGCAACUAGACUCUCCACUGUUUCAGAAGCGUGCAUUUGAACACUCCCUGUCAUGGAUUUAAAAGCAUUGGAUUGGUUUAAGCAAAACCCAAGAUCAGCAUUCAGGGGCAACUUCACACAGCACCCUUGUUUGACAAGACAAUGGCAAGUUGGCCAAAGCAGAAACCGACUGGAACCCAGGAGGAUACAUGAGAUCUCAAAUUAUAUUUGUAAUAGAUGGUUUUGUAGUUUUAACAAAACUGGCAUGUGCACAAUAGUUUACAAUGUUUAUUAAAUGCAUAAAUAAAGUUGAACAAUGAGC